CACACGUUGGGGUCGGUUACAACCAUAGUUUGGAUUUACGCGCCGCCAACUUAGUUUUAAGAGCUCGCGUCUGUGAAACACACAUUUUCACGUCGAAAUUCUAAAUACAGGGAAAAGUUAAAGUUGAGUCGAGAAGUUGUGCAUUUUUUUUCUUUCAAAGGACUUUUUUACUUUGAGCCGAGUUGUUCUCUGUUUGAGGUGUUGACGUACUUGUGAACUACUGGAUUAUAAGACCUGUGAAGUGAAUAUGUGGUGCUUGAUGCAUUUUUUACUAGUUCUACAAUGUGUACAUUCGGUACGCAUUAUCAAUAUACGUGUACCAGAAGUUAUUCAAUAUGGUACGAGGGACGCGGUGACGCUGGAUUGUGACUACGUAACAAAGAACGUCACGGGUUUGGUGGUGAAAUGGUUCUACAACGAUCGCUCACAACCCGUCUACCAAUGGAUACCGCCACAGAAGCCUCAAGCGUUGGGAUUAUUGAAAAAUAAGUUGGACUUGACAUAUAAAGUGUCACAAAAUCCGUAUAUGAAGCACCGAGCUCUAAGGAUCCUGCAGCCAGGUACCGAGCUCACAGGCAAUUAUACUUGUGUGGUGUCUACGUUCCUUGCUGAAGAUGAGAAAACUCGACCUAUGACUAUUUUUGUGCCCGAAACGAGGUUUGAUAUGAUACAAGAUCGACUACACGACGGCUACUUGAAUAUUAUUUGUUCUGUUGAAGGCGUCUUUCCCAAACCAGAGCUAGUCAUUUUAGUCGGAAACAGACCUCUGAACGCGAAGUCUUCUAUCAAAAACUUCGAGGGUCGUUACACAGCUUUAACCAGUGCCGUAGUAAGCGUCGACUCUUUGCCUCCUACGGUUGAAAUCCUCUGCGACAUGCAAGUCCCCCUCGCGAAUUAUUUCAGCAGAAAAAGGGAUAUAUUUUAUAGAGAUCCACCUUUAUCUUCACCUGAGUCAACUAAUUAUUUACAAACGUCACCUGAUACAGGUAACUCCAUGGAGUCGAUGCCCGUUCUAGUAUUAGUACCAAUGGUAUUGUUAUAUAUUUUACAAAGUAGGUGAAAAUACCAUGCAUAUGGAAAUGUUGUAAUAAAUCUUAAUACAAUUAAGUAAGAGAAAUUCGGACGAAGUUUCUUGCAACCCUAG